AAACAAAAUGCAUGGUUAGGAUUCCAUUCAAUUCUUUUAUUUGUAUUACUGUUUCAGGUUUAUUCCCCUCUCUUGGAUUCACCUCCACCAAGAUGGGUUCAUCUUGCACACGGGUUGCUUCUAUUUUUGUAUCAGACUUUUGAUCCUGUAGAUGGGAAACAAGCUAGACGAACAAACUCCUCGAGUCCACUUGGAGAACUUUUUGACCAUGGGUGUGAUGCACUUGCAAGUACGUUCGAAACCAUGGAUUUUGGGAGCACUGCCAUGUGCGGAGGGGACAGUUUCUGGUUCUGGGUAAUUUUAUCUAUACCAUUUUGUGGAGCUACAUGGGAACACUAUUUCACCAAUGCACUUAUCCUUCCUAUUGUCAAUGGGCUGACUGAGGGUCUUGCGCUGAUAUAUGGAUUGCACUUUAUGACAGCAAUUGUUGGUGCCCAGUGGUGGGCUCAGCCAUUUCAGCAAUCGAUACCCUUCUUGAGUUGGAUACCUUAUGUUAAUGAACUUCCAACAUAUAAAGCUGCUGUGUAUUUGUUGACACCAAUUGCUAUUUUACCUACAGUGGCUUGCAAUAUAAGCAAUGUCCAUAAGAUCGUUAAGGCAAGAAAAGGAAGCAUGUUACUGGCAUUAGCAAUGCUUUAUCCUUUUGUUGUACUCAUGGAAGGAGUGCUCAUUUGGUAAUUUGAGUUUGUCCUCUUUUCUUAUAACAACGUUCACCUUCUUUCUUUUAUUCAACACACAAAUAUGGUCAGGCUAUUGACUUGUACACGCAGGCGAUAGAGCUAAAUAGUCAGAAUGUAGUGUACUGGGCUAAUCGCUCACUUGCUCACACCAAAUUGGAAGAGUAUGGUAGUGCCAUACAAGAUGCUACUAAG